GUGGCCUAAGCAGUAGGCAAUUUGAAUUUGGCGCGUCGACAGUUGCGGUCAAGCCGCGCGCGCGCUCCAAUGCCAGCGAGCAGUGGAACGGACGAAUCGAAAGUUUCACUCGUGUUAUUUACUUUUUUGUUUGUUUUUGUGCGACGGACGGACUCGUUUUUAGUGAUAAAUAAAAAAUUGCAAAUGUAGAAUUAAACAAGUGUAUAUUAAAUAAUUAAAUGCCAACGUGUAUAUAAUUGUGGGACGACGACGCCUACACCAAUGAUUGUAUAAAACAAAAUAUGUGCGUUCUACUAUUAUAGUACUCCAUACAGUUCAAAAUAUUUAUAAUGGACGGCGAGAGAAAAAUAAAUUUAAGCGAAGGUGUCCCACUUAAUUCGGCAGGUGCGGCGAACAUAUUUUUGAACACGGGUAAAAAUCCAAAAGUAAACGACGGGACUGUCAUUCAUCUGAAAACAGAAAAACCAGCGGACGUCGGCGUGCAUAUAAAUACGACCUUCUCCAUAGCGUCUUCUAAGAAAAUUAAGCUCUUGUUCAUUUUAAACUUUUUGCUAAGCGUUACAUGUAUGAUAAUAAGUUGCUCGAUAGCUUUCUAUUAUUGGAAUGAAAUGAUAUCCAUGAGAAGGCAGCUCGACGUUUUACGAGACCAAUUUCUCAUACAGAAUAUAAGAGAUGGUGUUAUACACCCAGAUAAGACUAUACAGAGUCCAUUAGUUUCUCAUUUAAGGCCCCGUCAAAGAGGUCUGGAGGCAAGAGAGCCUCGCAUGGAAUUCAAAGAUGAGAUCUCACCAAAUGCUAGAAGGUACUAUGUUGAAGACCUCGGAGAAGAUAUGUUACUUUUAGACUCAAGCAAAAAGAAUCCUAGUCAUGAUAAAAAUCCUACUUAUGAUUUAUCAGUCUUCCAAAAAGAGCCUCUAGUCGUACAAUUCAAUGGUGCUAUGAGAGAGUUAAAUUUAGGAACGCAAUCUCUAGUGGGCCCGUGGGUGCGGGACAUGGAGAUAUCAACCAAGAACAGCGAAACCAAAAUAGAGCUGAACACCAACUAUUUCACUAUAAAGGAACCGGGGCUGUAUUUGGUGUACGCACAAGUAGUCUACCUAACUCACGCACCAAACAGUUUCUUCCUGUGGGCCCGUCAGCCAGCUGGUGCACCUCGGCUUCUAACCACUUGCGCUACCGGCGACGACUCCAGUUCUAGACCUCUAGAUAAGUCCCAGAUAUCCUGCUCCGUGCACACAGUGGCUCGUCUGGCCAAGGACGAUACGGUCAACAUCGCCCAGAGAGAACAGAACAGAACGUUAUGGCUUCGACCAGGGUACUCUUAUAUUGGUUUUGUGAAGUUAAGUUCCUAGUGACUGUGAUAGUUUAGUGACUUUGAAUUUAAUUCAGUAGAAGUGGUGAGUGACUUCGGUACUUACAUAGGACUAAGACGUUUUUUGUGCCAUAUGAAGUCUUCCAAUGUAGAUGUGAUAAGUGAAUUAUAAGAACAAAAUUACAGUGUUACGAUAAUAUUUCGUAUUAAAGUACAUUUUGCUACUACUAUAUAGUUCUUCGGUUCAAAAGUAAUAAUUUAUUUCUCAAUACAUACAAUUUAAUGUGUAGUUCUUAAUAUCAUUAAUCGCAAUGCACAAAUCGAAUGAAUGCAAAUCACUGCCAAUGGUUAUUUGUUAACAGCUGUAUGGUGCUUAUGUAUAAACGAAGCGUGCCAUAUGUAAAUAGACUUCGACAAUGCAUCACACAUGUAGUGAGUAACCAAUACAUACCAAUUACGGUAGUAAUGUUUUCAUAACAAGACUUUUGUUUGACGACCUAAAAGAUUUUGGCCAAAUUGUUGGAUAGUCUGUGGUCGUUAAUAAUCAUGCAACACUGGAAAUGUUAUAUUAAGCUCAUAAAUAGUUUGCAUUUAUUUUGUUUAAAAGUGAUCUCCAAAUUAUUUGAAUAAGAUAAUAUUUUAUAUAAAGUUGAUGUGUUGUCUUUUGUCUACAAGCGAAAGAUAAGCUGUGUCCAAGGACUGAGAAUAACUUAUCUUUGAGCUUAUUGAUAUUUAUGAAAGAAACAUUAAUAUUUAGGCUAAAGUUCUUGCUCAAAUCAGCAUUUGCCCAUUUAACUUACUUUGUAAUAAUUAUAUUUAGGGUGUUAGAGCUGAGUCAAGUACUUUUUGAGUUUAAAUGGUGCUUAUCAUAAGAGGGAUCAAAAUUUUUGUUAAAUGUUGUUGCGAUUCAGUUUAAUUUUAAUCUAGUGUUGUUUUCAUUUGUAUUUAAGGUAUGAUGUACAUAGUAUGAACAUAUGAACUAAGAUUGUGUAAUUUGAUUUAAAGAAUAUCCUGGUAUGAUUUUAUGUUUGACAUUCAUAAUUUUGUAUGUAAAUAAUUAAAAAAAUCCUUUGUUUACUUUUCACUUAUUAUAUUACUUGAUUAUAGGCAGAAUAGUUGUUUUAACUAUAAAUUAUUAUUUGCAGUGCUCUAGAAAAUAAGAAUAAAAGUUAAAUCUUUACUAGCUUUAAGAAAUAAGUGUUACAUGGACAAUGACUUAAAAAAAAUGACAUGAAAAAUGCAAUGGUGGCUCAGUGGUGAGGACCUCGGACUUAAAAUCAACAAGUCGGGGUUCGAGACCAGGCGAGCGUGCAGGAAAUAAAUUGAUUUUUCAAUUUAUCUGCGCAUGUGUAACAUCACCACUGCUCGAAACGGUGAAGGAAAACAUCGUGAGGAAACCGGCAUGUCUACGAACCUAAAGUUCGCCGACAUUAGACAUCUGCCAACCCGCACUUGACUAGCGUGGUGGAUUAUGGCCUGAACCAGUGUCCCAGCAGUGGGAACAUAUAUGGGCGGAUGAUGACAUGGACAAUAAAUGUCUUUAUAAGGUGUACAAUACUUAUAGUUAGGAUAAAAACAAUUUACUGGGAAGAAAUAUGUAAAAAGUUAUUUAAAGCUUCUGUAAUAAUGAGAAAGUAGUGACUUAAUAUGUGAGUAUCUUUUCACUAAAAGUGUUAUACAACAAAAUUUAAGUUGGCAUGUUCGUUGUACAAUCGGUAGGAUAUAUUACAAUUAAUUAUCUACUUAAAUAAAUUACUUAAGUAAUUUAAUAUACUCAAUGUGAUAUCUUUAGUUAUAUUAUCUAGUUUAAGUUAGGUUUUACACCUAUUUUAAUAUUGUUACCUUUGGAUAUUUAAAACGUGUUUUGUAAAGAACCUUUUUUGCGGGAAAUUUUCAUAAUAGCUUUUAAUGUCUGUUUUAGAUAAUUAAGCAUAUAAUAUUGUAAUGUAAAUAUCUUGAAUAUUAUUCCCGUCCACAAUAAAUGUGCCUUACGAUGA